UGCCAAAUGUGAUGAAAAAUUUCCUAGAUAAAAAUCUCAAACUUCUUCUACCCAAAACGUUAUGCCCAGCUGUGGACCUCGUACUGUCAAUAGUAAAUGAAAAGAUGUGUACGAAAAACAUCAGUUUCCCAUUUGGAAAAGAUGGAAGUCUGCUGUACUCGGUGUCUCUAUUGCCAACAGUAACAGAGGAACAUAUUGAGAUUGAGUUUAAUGCCACAGUGAAACAAGGUGAUGUCCUCAUUCAGCCAUCCAAAAACGCCACAGAGAUAUUUGAUUUGCCAUCAAAUCCUGGAGAAACAUCAUUUUUUCUAAAAGCUGAUUUCCUUGGCUGUGCCUUCACUGCUCUACAGCAGGAAGGGGCGUUCAACCUGAUUGCCACGGAAAGCGAGCUCGCAGAUGCAGAAACAAUGUCAAUAUCUGCCUUAAGUGAUGUAAUUCCCGAGUUUCCAACAGAUAUUCAAGAUUUCAAGAUAACUAUUAGUGUGGAUAAACCAGCAGAGAUUACUCUGGAUCCAUCAAAAGCUCUCCUUCAUCUUUACUCUAACUUUGAAAUGACUGCAUCUCCUUCACCAGAUUCAGAACCUCAGUCUAUAUUUGUGAUACAUCUGCAUAUGAAUUUCCAAAUCCAGUUCUCCGUUGAUGAAAAAACAUUGCAUUUUGAUCUUUCUCCAGACAAGAUAUUUCCCUCCCUGGAUUCAUCAUCAAUCGGCGUAUUUGAAGUCGAAGACCUGGGAGAAUUCAUUCUUUCAGUGCUUCAAGAGGUGUACACACCAGCAAUUAACAAUAUGUUGCAAACAGCCAUCCCGCUUCCUGACAUGUUAAGGAUGUUAAGUAUAAAUCUUGCAGAAUCUCAGAUUGAAGUAAUGAAGAACUUUCUUAUGAUAUCUGUCAAUGUUUGCAGAGCUUAAAAUCUUUGGACCCCAUCGGCAAAACAGAGAAAUCACUGCAAGCAAUAUU